CUUUCAGCUCACAGCUAUAGCGUGUCUGUGUACACUGGAGAUAUCUAUGGCGCAGGAACGGAUGCCAACGUGUUCUUCACCAUUUUCGGGGACCUCGGCGACACCGGAGAGCGCAAACUCAGCAAAUCUGAGACCAACAAGAACAAGUUUGAGAGAGGGCAGGUGGAUAAAUUUUACAUUGAGGCUGUGGACCUGGGUACCAUUUUCAAGAUUAAGAUCCGACAUGAUAACAGCAUGCUGAACCCAGAUUGGUAUUUGGAGAGGGUGGAAAUCCUGAAUGAGGUGACCGAGGAGACGUAUAUGUUCCUUUGUGAGCGGUGGCUUUCCACCAAGAAAGAGGACAAGAGGAUCGAUAGGAUUUUUUAUGAAAAGGAUUACGACGGAGAGCGACAGAGUUUGGGCAGCUCAUCGAAAAGCUUUUGGGGCUCUGCUCUAAGUCUCAAAAGUCAGGACAACAAUGCCAACUUGAAGAAUAAAAGCAGCAUAGAUGGCUCUAUACAAGAUGGGCAAUUAAUUCCCUAUCACAUCACCGUCACCACA